AUGUCUAGUCCUGUUUUUGCCUAUGACAAGGCGAAUAUUUUCAAUGACCUUCUUAUGACAUGAACAUUCCCAUGCCUGAGGUUUUGAAAUAAAAAUAAGCCUUCUCCUCGCUCCCCCCUCUGUGAGCGAACAAAAAAAUUUCGUUCGCUCACGGAGAGGAGUUAAUUUUUUUUUUUUUUUAAAAAAAUUUAAAUAUAAAUUUUAAAGAAAUUUUUUUUUUCAGAAUUUAAAAUCACUCCGCUUUUCAAAAAUAGGAAGGAAAAUAUUAAUUUAAUUUGUAAAAUUUAUGUUUUAAAACGCAAUUUGUUUAAAAUUAAACAGAAUUAGCUUGGGAUUUUAUGAUACUAGUUAUCACUUAUAUAUCAGCAUUUUUUCCUUAAAAAAAAUUCUAUUAAAAACAUUUUCGCUCGCUUACGGAGGGUGGGCUUUUGGGCUAAAAAUAGGGAUUUUUCUAAUGAUUUGUUCUCUCACGGAGGAGGGGGAAUCAGAACUUAAUUGACGUUCCUAAGAGAAUUAAUUUUGAGGAAUCAUUAACUCAACUUGAGAUUGCAUGGAAUGAAGAAGCCAGGAAGCCGCACCCAAGCUUCAAAAGAGUAUUAAUAAGAGAAUUUGGCUGGGAAUUCCUAAAAUUUAGCUUGCCAGGGAUUUUCGCAAAUAAUCUUUCAUUAGUUCAAGCAGUUCUUGUGAUUUAUCUGACAAGAUACAUGACUGAUGACAACGCUAAGGGCUAUGAAGGUGCAGGCUAUGUCAUAGCUUAUGCUGCCACUGCUUUUGUAUCUUAUUACUGCAUGAAUCUCUCUACCUUCCGCGUAUACACUUUGAUUGCAAGAAUUAAAGCAAUCAUCCCAUGCUUAAUGUACAAAAAAGUGUUAAAACUAUCAAACUUGACCUUAAAUCAAGGUAAUAUUAAAGGAAAGCUCGCCAAUUUAAUAGCAUCAGAAGUAGAAUUUAUUGAUGGUCUCGUGACAUUAGUUUUUCUCUUUUCAAUUCCAACUUUUCUGAUAGGUGCUUUCUUAAUUCUAGGCUUUUUCUUAGGUCCAGCUGGAGUUAUUGGCUUGAUUAUUGUAAUUAAAUUAAUUAGAUUCAAGCUAAUCUUUAUAGUCUUCAAUUCCUGAGUACCAUGCGUCCUACGGGAUAAUUCUUGGGAUGGUGUUCUCCCAGGUCGAAAACCCCGGCUUUUCAGUAGAGGAUUUUUCCUCCAUGGUCCAAAUCACGACUUUGCAAAACCUUCAUUUCCAAUCCAAUCAACUUACCCAGCCUGCUUUGCUUAGGCCAGAUUGUCCGUUUCUAAGGACCCUUUUCAACUGGAGAGACUGUAGCCUUUGAGUUCUCUUCUAGCCUGUCUUUCCUUUUUCCCCUGGUUCAGCAGCAAAGGAAAAGCUCAACUACUUACGCAAUUCGGGAAAGGACACAAAAGAACCUAGGCAGGCAUGCCAACUUUCCUCUAUCGGACACCUAACCUAGCCCUGAGUGCUGCUACUAAAAAUGCAAAAAACUGUCACUCAAGCCAGCGGAAUAGUGCUGGGCCUCUCGUCUUGAGGCUAACCCAACCCUUGGGCAGUUCUUUGCAUCAAAAAGCCAUGUCCGGAUAUGCAUAAGGACACCCACCACAGGGAGGACGGGCCUUUCAUCACCAGCCAUUUAUGCAUAUGACUUGAUUAUUGUAAUUUUCCAUUUCCCUAUCGUCCUUUUUUUAGCAAAAUGAGCUGGAAAAUUCAGGGUAAAGGUUGCUCUUUUUGCGGAUUCUCGUAUAAAGAUGAUUACAAAUUUGAUAGAAGGGAUCAGAAUAGUAAAGCUUUAUGGAUGGGAAGAACCAUAUUUAGACCUUAUUUAUAAUAAGAGAAGACAAGAAAUCAAAGAAGCACUUCAUAAAUUAACAGUUCAUUCCUUAAACAGAAUGGUUGGAGCAGGAGGUAUAGGAAUCGUUCUUUUUAUUACAUUUAUCAUAUAUGUAUCCCUCGGAAAUGAAAUUAAGCCAGGCGAGACUUUUGCUGCUGUAACAAUUUUAGUGAUAAGCAACAAUUUAAUAUCCUAUGUAGGAGCUGCUGCUAUUAUGCAGAUGUUUAUGUUAGUUGUGUCUAUGAAAAGGCUGACUGACGCUUUGAUGAUGAAAAAUAAAGAGCACAUAAUUUUCCCGGAAAGUAAAAAGCAUGCUGUUACUUUGAAAAAUGCAUGCUGGGCUUGGAAUGAAAUAGAGACAUUGGAAAAUGAAGAUUUGAAGACAACCAAAAAUUUUCUUGCUCCUACAGUAGAGAAUCAGAUUGUUUUAAAUGAAAUUGAUGUCAAGCUUGACCAUGGAGAACUAUUAAUUGUUAUUGGACCUGUAGGGUGUGGUAAAACAAGUCUGCUUAUGGGGAUUAUGCAAGAAAUAGCAUUAGCUUCAGGAAAAAUUCAUUUGAAUGGAAAAAUUGCAUACUCAGGAGAAGACCCAUGAAUUGUUUCGAGCAGCAUUAGAGAUAAUAUAUUGAUGGGUUUAGAAUACGAUGAGGGUUUGUAUAAAUCUGUCAUUCAUGCGUGUGCCCUGGAGCAUGAUAUAGAAAGUUUUGUUUUUGGAGACAAUACAGUUGUAGGAGACAGAGGAAUUACUUUAAGCGGUGGACAAAAAGCAAGGGUAAGUCUGGCAAGAGCAAUUUACACCAAUAGAGACAUAAUGCUUCUUGAUGAUCCUUUAAGUGCUGUAGAUGCAGAAGUAAGUGAGCACAUUUUUAAGAAUUGCAUCAAAGAAUAUUUAAAAGAAAAAACUGUGAUUCUAGCAACCCAUCAAAUUCAUUAUAUAUCUCAGGCUGACAAAAUAUUGGUUUUGGAUAAUGGAAAUCUUAUCUUAUCUUAUAGAAUUUAUAACGUUUAAACGUCCACUACGGGGUGACAACCCCAGGUACUAUCACUCGCCUUCGUCGCAUCGGGCCCACAGGUCGCUGGGGAUGGCCUACUUCAAUCGCCAGGUGCUUUCUUGGGAAAGUGUUCCGGCUUCGACGGCUCAUGGAUGAGCUACUUGCUUGCUAAAUGGAUUGCUUUUCCGAAAAACCCAAAAAAUGGAUUUUCUGGUCAGCUGUCGGCAAAAAGGAAAAACACGUAGUCUGGGACGUAACGCCCAGUUUCACGCUAGGGAGUUGCCCGAUUGGUCCAAAGGACUCUGCUGAGCUUCCCCUUUCCAACUCCGUGCCCUCCUUCCCCAUGAGGAAAAAUCCACCCCUGAGAUUAGACUAGGACUAGGCUCUGAACACAACCAGAAUUGCUUACAUAGUAUUGCUGUCCACCCUAGAAUGGUAAAACCUUGCCGGAUAUAGUUAAAAUAUGAGUCGAGGCUGCAUGGCCGGAAGGCCAUGCUCAGGCGAAGACGCCAUAUUUUAAUUAUGGAUAAUGGAAAUCAAUUAUUUUUUGGAACUUACCAAGAAAUUGAAGGAAGAGCUGACGUGAAACACAUUGUUGGGGAACUUCUCAGUAAAUUUGAAGGGGAAAAAGAAGAAAAACCAGAAGCUGUAAAAGAAGAAACUGAGAAAAAAGUUGCUGCAAAGGAUAAAUUGUCAAUACAAGAAGAAGAAAUUGAAAAAGGCUCAGUCCCGAUUAGUGUUUACUUUAAAUUUUUGCUUUUUGGGUUCAGAACAUGCUUGGCUUUCCCAGUGCUACUCGUGAUAAUAGUAGCUGCUCAAAUAUCUUAUAUAAUGAUUAUGUGAUGGCUUGCACUAUGAGCAAGAGAAUCGAAGUCUGACCAAGAUGAUGCUUACAAUAUAUGGGUAUACGCCAUAAUUAUCGCUGCAGCAUACAUUCUAUAUUAAUUAAAAUAAAUAGCCCACUUCAUUAAUUGAUAUUUAUUAUUUUUUGUUUUAUUAAACAGGAAUAAUUAAAAAUUUGGAAUUAUUAACCCUUAUAAAUUGGGAUAGCAUAUCUUAGAGCGUACUCUUUAGGACUGGGGCUGAUUUUAAGUGCGAAAAAGCUUCACAAUUCUGCAUUAGAGAGUGUCACCAAAACAGCUUCGGUAUUUUUUGAUAAAAAUCCUACUGGGAGGAUGCUCAAUAGGUUUUCAAAAGAUACGCUUAUGAUGGAUGAGCUGUUAAUGAUGGUUUUUGUUGAAUUUCUAAAUAUGUCUAUUACGCUAUUAGGAAACAUUGUUGUCAUGGCUGUUGUAGCUCCACCAAAUUUAGCUGUUAUUUUUGGAUUUGCUUUUUAUCUUGGUUAUUUGAUAAAAAAAGUAGUUCCUUUAUCAAAAAGCCUUAGAAAAAUCGAACUAAUAAUGAAAAGCCCUGUCUUAUCCUUAUGUAACUCUUCUGUUCAUGGCCUCGUAACUAUUCGCGCAUUAAACCUUGAAGAAAAAUUUUUAAAAGAUAUGCAUAACGCUAUUACUUUAAGUCUGAGGUCAUUUCUUAGCUAUCAAGUCAUUCAAAGAUUCUAUCAAGGAUACACUGAGCUAGGAGCGACUUUUCUGAACACUCUUAACGUAAUGGUGCUGAUUUUGUAUAAAGAUCAUAUCAGCGGUAGCUUGGCUGCAAUGAGCAUAUCUUUAAUUGCUUCAAUGUCAAGUUUGGUUGCUUUUUGGGCAAAAACGAUGGUUGAAACAGAAAAUACAAUGGCAUCCCCUCAAAGAUUGAUACAGUAUGAAAAGUUGCCAAGAGAAGGAAAAUUUGAGACUAAUCAACAUUUUAUAAUAGAUAAAGGAAAAAUUGAAGUAGAUCAUCUUUUUAUGAGAUAUCGAGAAAACUUUCCUGACGUAAUCAAAGACUUAAGUUUUACAGUUGAGGCUGGAUUAAAAGUGGGAAUUAUUGGGAGGACUGGAGCAGGGAAGUCAUCAAUUAUGCAAGUCCUGUUCAGACUGACGGAUCCAUCUCAAGGAACAAUAUUUAUAGAUGGCCAAGACUAUAAGCAGGCAGGACUUCAUCAAUUAAGAAAACAGAUGUCUGUUAUUCCUCAGUUUCCAACGAUAUUUAUGGCAAGCUUUAAAGAUAACCUUGAUCCUUUCCAUGAGCACACAGAAGAAGAAAUUUUGAGUAUUCUUAAGCAAACUAGGCUGCAAGAUUUAGUGAAUUCAUACCCAAAAGGGCUUAAUACGAUGCUAGUCGGCGAGGGAGGGAAUUUAUCAGCAGGACAAAAACAAUUAGUAUGUUUGGCAAGAGCUCUAAUUAGAAGAAACAAAAUUGUUAUGAUGGACGAAGCUACUGCAAACGUAGACCCAGAAACCGACAAAUUCAUUCAGAAGAAGAUUAAAAAGCUGUUUAAAGAAAGCACUUUAUUGAUUGUUGCUCAUCGCUUAAGGACUAUAAUUGACACUGACAAAAUUAUAGUAAUGGACGAAGGAACAUGCAGAGAGUCAGGAACCCCAUUUGAACUAGGCAAUAAGGAAACUUCGCUUUUCAGAAAAAUGAUUAUGUUUACUGGCCCUCAAGAGUCACAGUAUUUGCUAAACAAAAUAGCUACAAGAGAUGAAGAAUAA